AUGAAUUUGAACAAGUCUCGGACUUUAGCUGGAUCAUCCCGCAAUGGAAACUCCGCCGACGAGCUGGUCAUCACGUCCACUUUUGGAACGCUGCUGUCUUUGGUGUACGUGGUCGGCGUUUCGGGGAACGUGUACACCCUGGUAGUGAUGUGCCACUCGAUCCGCUUCGCCACCUCCAUGUACAUCUCCAUCAUCAACCUGGCACUCGCGGACCUGCUGUACCUCUCCACGAUCCCGUUCGUGGUGUGCACUUACUUUCUGAAGGACUGGUACUUCGGGGAUGUUGGAUGCCGCAUGCUGCUCAGUCUGGAUCUCCUCACCAUGCAUGCCAGCAUCUUUACUUUAACCGUCAUGUGCACGGAGCGCUACCUGGCCGUGACCAAACCUCUGGACAACGUCAAGCGCUCGAAAAGCUACAGAAAAACCAUGGCAUGCGGGGUAUGGGUGCUUUCCCUGAUCCUGACCCUUCCUAUGAUCAUUAUGGUCAACCAGACCAGCAAGAAAUCCGCCGAUGGAGGCGUAAAACGCAUGUGCGCGCCCACCUGGGCACCUCUGGCGUAUAAGAUCUAUCUGACCGUGCUGUUUUGCACCAGCAUCAUGGCACCUGGACUCAUCAUAGGCUACCUGUACACCAGAUUAGCCAGGACCUAUCUGGAAUCGCAAAGGAGCUCUGCUGUGAAUAAAGGCCAUAAAAGAUCACCCAAGCAAAAGGUGCUCAUCAUGAUCUUCACAAUCGUCCUAGUAUUUUGGGCAUGCUUUUUACCUUUUUGGAUCUGGCAGCUUUUGCCACUUUACCACGAACCCCUGGCACUCGCACCUCACAUACGCACCUGUAUUAACUACCUGGUGGCAUGCCUGACCUAUAGCAACAGCUGCAUCAAUCCCUUUCUGUACACACUUCUCACCAAGAACUACAGAGAGUAUCUGAAAAACAGGCACAAAAGCUUCUACAGGUACACCUCGUCCUUUAAAAAGAGGCCACCCAGCUUGUACUCGUGGGGAAAGUCUGCAUCCUCCAGCAAUCAGUUUGAGUUUAACUCGGAAACGCUGGUGAUGUGUCAGCUCAAGGUACAGUGAUGAGAGGAAGAGGAACAUGAUGAAGAGGUGUGCAGAGCAUGAAUGCACCCAUGC